AUGCCAAUUUCGCCAAUUCUGCUUAUUCCAUUUGCGAACCAUGAUUCGACCGGCCAAAACAGCAAUGACAGCUCGAGUGGCGGUGGAACUGGCGGCGCCUCUGCGGCUCCCGGAACGCCGAAUUCUCAGGGCAUGAGGCCCAGCCCUUCGCCGACUGGUUCGUCAGGGUCCCGAUCUAUGUCGCCGGCAGUUGGUCAGCAAAGUUUACCGAUGCCUCCGCGCCCUUCCAGUAGUCAUUCGCAAGUUCCAAAUCAGCAAGCAAGUAGUAAUAGUAAUUUAGGUCACGCUAAUCAAUCGCAAUCGCAACAGCCGUCGGACCAUUCGAGGGUGGCUUCACCGAAUCGUCCGCCUUCAGCAUCUUCGAUUGGUGGUCCUCAGCAGGGUCCACCUCCACCACCUUCACAAUCCGCAAUGGCAGCUCAAGGAUAUCAGACUCAACCACCACACCCGCCGCACAUGCACGGCGGGUAUAAAAUGGGACCAAGUCCCGGUGGGCCAGGUGCAGGUAUGCCUGGUCCACAGCAAAUAUCACCAUAUCCACCACACAAUCCUCAAUCGCAGCAGUAUUCACCACAUUCGCAAGGGAGUUAUUCACCUAGACCCCAGGGAUACCCUGGAGGUUAUGGGCCUUCGCCACCAGGUGGCCAGCCAGGACAACCACCACCUCCUGGUCCUCCACCGAACAGUGUGGCCGGUGGCCCCGGUGCUUAUCCAGGUCAUCGCAUGCCUAACCAUGGACCCCCACCACAUUCUCAAUAUCCCCCACACCAACCUUAUCAACAAGGCUGGGGACCUCCCGGACCAGGACCACAGGGCCCAGGAAGUCAUGUAAAUAAUCACCAGCAGCAGCAACAACCUGGCAAAGGAAUGCCACCUUCACCACAACAACCGAAUCAAGCACAGUCCCAGCAAGGCCCACCCACUGGAGGACCUCCGCAAAGCGGCUCACCACGUCCUCUCAACUACUUGAAGCAACAUCUGCAGCAUAAAGGUAACUAUGGUGGUGCUCCUAGUCCCACACCACCCCAGGGCUACGGCAAUGGUCCGGGCAUGCAUCCCCCGAUGGGUCCACCUCACCACAUGGGCCCACCGAUGGGACCGACCAGCAUGGGCCCACCUUCCGGAACACCGCCGAACCAGCAGGGACCCCCGGGACCUCCCGGGCAGCAGCAGCCACCACAGCACAUAGGACCCAACAGUCAUCCCGAUGGAUCGGUACCACCACAACCGCACCAUCCGGAAUCGGGCCCCCUUGGCAGCCAGGACAACGGUCUCAGCGCGUCCGGUCCGGGCGGCAUCGGUCUGCCGCAUCCAGUUACCUCACUCGUUACAACGGGACCUGAUGGCGCUCCUCUCGAUGAAGCCAGUCAGCAGAGUACCUUAUCCAAUACCUCAGUAGCUUCCGGUGAAGAUCCGCAGUGCUCGACGCCCAAAUCGUCGCGCAAGGGCGACCCCUACAACCAAAGUCACCUGCCGGGUACACCGACGACCGCGUCACCCGGACCGCACAACCAGCACGAAGACUUCGAGAUGAGCUCGCCCGCCCCAUCCUGGCCGAGGACGCCAGCUAGUCCAGUAUUUAACAGCCACGUUGCUCCCGCGGAGACCCCCUUUAGAUCGACUAAGAAAUCGGACAGCCUGAACAAGCUGUACGAGAUGGAUGACAAACCGGAACGGCGACCCUGGCUAGACAAGCUGCUGGCCUUCAUGGAGGAACGGCGAACCCCAAUAACGGCCUGUCCGCAGAUCUCGAAGACACCGUUGGAUCUAUACAAGUUGUACGUUCUGGUGCAGGAACGUGGCGGUUUUCUUGAGGUGUGUAAGGUUACCAAAAGCAAGACGUGGAAGGAUAUUGCCGGAAUGUUGGGUAUCGGCGCCAGUAGUAGUGCGGCUUAUACGUUGAGGAAGCACUACACAAAGAGUUUACUAGCGUUCGAAUGCAAAUUCGAUCGCGGCGGCAUUGACCCGGGGCCAAUCAUAGCCCAGGUCGAGGCCGGUUCCAAGAAGAAGUCAAAGCAAACCGCAUCGGUUCCUUCGCCUGGUUCGUCCAACUCGCAAGACUCAUUCCCUGCCCCCGGAAGCAGUAGUGCCUCGAUGGAUGGCUAUGCGGGGUAUCCGGGCGCUGGUGGCUAUCCGGGGCCCGGUGCGGCACCAGAUUUUGCCCAGCAACCUGGGCAGCAGCCGGGUCAAUCUCAGCAACCUCCGGCGGGACCGGCAGGCCCCGGUGGACCAGCCGGACAACAGCGACCCCCGUCGCAGCAGAGCGGAACGCAAUCUCCUCAUCCAGGCUCGGCACCGCCAACAUCCGGGGAUAACAUUAGCGUAAGCAAUCCCUUCGAUGAUCCCGUGGGCCCUCAGCGGCCACCGUAUCAGCAAGGUGCUCCAUAUCCUCCAGCUAACCGCCCCCAAGGUGCUCCCUAUCAAGGACAACCCGGAGGCUAUCAGUAUGGCGCUCCGGAUCAGUACGGACCGGGUGCUGCUCCAGGCCAGUAUCCUCCAGGACAGCAGGGACAAUAUCCCCCAGCUGGCAGGCCAAUGUAUCCUCCCUAUGGUCCUCCGGAAUCUGGUGAAGGUCGAUCGACACCACCAGCUCCAAGUUCCGGCCCGCCAACUGCAGGUGAUCCCUAUCGAAGCUACGGCAAUGCACCGUAUCCGCCACCACCUCAGCAGCGUCCCUACCAACAACCUCCCCCGGGCAGUACAGGACCUUCACAAACUCCCCCGACGGGACCACCGGGGGCAGCCGGUCAACCCGGUGGACCUCCGACAACCGGUGCUCCAGGUCAGCAAUCCCCAUCACCUAUGCAACAAGGUCAGGGCUACCCUGCUACAACGCAACCACCACAACAAACCGACUAUUAUCGUCAAGAUCAGCCGAAUCAACCGAGAAGGCAUCCGGACUUUGAGAAGAGUCAGCAACCUUACCCACCUUAUCAACAGAGGCCGAUGUAUCCCGGUGGCUGGCAAGGUGGAGCUGGACAGUUCCGUGGUCAGUAUCCACCGCAGGGACCGCAGCAACAGUGGGGUACUCACAAUGGUCCCCGACCAAGUGGGCCUCCCGGUUCGCCUGGGGGUCCACCUGGAACUCCGGGAUCCCCGGCUCAGUGGAAUGCCGAAGCCAAUCGGUAUCCUCCAAGUCAGCAGCAACCACCAUACCCGCAACAUCAACAGGGCCAACAACAACCCUGGAACCAGAUACCUCCGGUUUCGCAAGGGUCUCCGUUGCGACCUCCGGCGCAAGGAGGCAAACCAUUUGCUACGAUGCAACGAUCCGGAAUGCCUGGACAACCGGGAAUGCCACCGGCUCAGAGUGGUGGACCCCCAGGGGUGCCCAGUGGUCCACCGAAUGCUGGCCCUGGACCUGUUCCGGUUCCUUCCCCGGCUGGUGCACCUCCUUCGGUCAGUGCAGCUCCAACUACAGCACCGGUUCCUGGGCCAGCUGCGAAACCUAUGCCACAAGCUUCCUUCACACCUGCUAGCACGGUUGCUCCCAAGCGGGACAUUGUUUUCCCUUCGGAUAGUAUAGAAUCGACGACCCCGGUACUAGUGAAGCGGAAACGUAUUAGCAAACUGGAAGUUGGGCAGACAGAUCCGUGGCGGAUAUUCAUGGCGUUGCGUUCGGGAUUGCUGGUGGAGAGCACGUGGGCCCUCGACGUACUGAACAUACUGCUGUUUGACGAUUCAUCGGUGCAAUACUUUGGUCUGACGAAUUUGCCGGGAUUGCUGAAUCUGCUGCUAGAUCACUUCCAGAAGAGUUUGAGCACAAUGUUCGAAAACCGAGAUCGACGACAGCGUGGUAAUCGCGCUUAUGGAUGGGUUGCAAAGGAACAGGUAGCUAGUGACGAUGAAGAGGAAGAUCAUUGUGAUCGGAAGGCAAUUGAAGAUGUGAAGCUGGAAGCUGACGUGGAGGUGAAGAAAGAGAUUGACGAGAUUAAAACAGAAAACGAAGAGCAGGAAGACAGCAGUGAUGAGUUACGCACACAACAACGAAUAAGAAAAUCAAGCAAACGGAGAAUUGACGUUGAUUUGGGAAGCGUUUUGGAUCCACCGAAUCCCGAGGAUCGGAUACUGGUAUUCCAUUCGGCUACAAAUUAUACAAUGAGCUCCCGGAAAGGUUUGCCGGUAAAGAUUCAGCCGGCAGAAGAUGAUGUGUUCAUACUGGAGCACCGAAGGGACUGGGAUCGAUUGGCAGAUCAUCGGUAUCAUCGGGAAACGGAUGUCGGUGGUGACCCGUGGACAGCUGGAUAUUCGGAACCGGAUCCGCAUGAGUACAUCAUGGAUACGUUCCAUGCCGAGUUUGUAGACAUUCCAUUUGCAAGGAUGCUGAAAACUAGUAAAAAGUAUAAGGAACGUUGCAAGAAGUUGAACAACAAUAAUGUCAUUAAGCCGGCAACGAAAAGCGUUGAAAGUGAUCCAGAGAGUAGCGAUAGCGAACGAGAAGAGUCGAAGACCACGGCCAAUGGAAGCGAUAGGAUAGUUAAUGGUGCCGGAGGAGUGGACAGUGGUGCUGAAGAUGAUUCCAAGAGUGCCGUGAGCAACUUUGUGGUAAAGAAGGAAACCAGCGAAGUGAGUGCUUCCAGUGACGCUGACUGCCGGGAGAUUGAUAUGGAGCUUGAAAAGAGCAAUCUCUCAAAUGGACCACAAGAAUCGAGUGCCGGUGGAGAGGAACAAGCGGAAGUUAAGAUGGAAAUUGAAGAAGAGGAGGAUCAGUGUAAGGUGGAAAAAGAUGUGGAAGAGAAACCGUUUAACGUGGCAGCGUCGGUGCGUGAUCCGGCCAAAAUUUUGAAAAGACGUCGUAUAAGCGACUACGAAGAUGAGUGCUAUACACGGGACGAGGCCAGUUUAUAUUUGAUCACGGAAGGACACGAUGCGCUAGCAAGGCGGUGCAUAGCAAUUUCGAAUAUUUUGAGGAACCUCACGUUUGUUCCAGGAAAUGAACCUGAGUUUGCUCGAUCUAUUCGUUUUUUGUCUGUUUUGGGCAAGCUGUUGAUGUUACACCAUGAACAUCCGAUUCGAACGAAAAAGACUCGAAACUAUGAUCGAGAAGAGGAUGCCGAUUUCUCCGAUUCGUGUAGCAGUUUGCAAGGAGAAUCCGAAUGGUGGUGGGAUUUCCUGGUACAAAUUCGAGAAAACAUGUUGGUUUCGAUGGCAAAUAUUGCUGGUCAGUUAGAUUUGUCACGGUUUGAUGAGCCAAUUUCGAGGCCUAUUUUAGACGGAUUGCUACAUUGGUCUGUCUGUCCUUCGGCCCAUGGUCAGGAUCCUUUCCCAACGCUUGGAUCAAACUCAGUAUUAUCACCACAAAGGCUAGCGUUGGAAGCCUUGUGCAAAUUGUGUGUUACCGAUGCAAAUGUGGAUCUUGUGAUAGCGACACCUCCCUUCAGCAGACUGGAGAAGCUCUGCUCGGUGCUAACCAGGCAUCUGUGCAAAAACGAAGACCAAGUCCUGCGAGAGUUCUCGGUCAAUCUGCUCCACUAUCUUGCAGCAGCAGACAGUGCAAUGGCCAGAACCGUGGCGAUGCAGUCACCCUGCGUAUCCUAUCUUGUAGCUUUCAUCGAGCAGGCCGAGCAAACCGCACUCGGUGUUGCCAAUCAACAUGGUAUCAGUUACCUGCGGGACAAUCCCGAUUCCAUGGGAACUAGCCUUGAUAUGUUACGAAGGGCAGCUGGAACUCUGCUCCAUUUGGCGAAGCAUCCGGAUAAUCGGCCGCUGUUUAUGCAGCAGGAACAGCGACUGCUAGGUUUGGUCAUGAGUCACAUUCUGGACCAACAGGUUGCACUAAUCAUCUCGAAGGUCCUUUUCCAAUGCUCUCGAGGGACUGGUCCACUGACCACUAUGGAGAUAGAAUCGACCUUCAACAAAGUUGAUAAUAAAAAACCUUCCGAGAAGGAUGUCUCAGAAUCGGCAAAGUCUUCUAUGCAUUUAAAUUCGAUCAUUUCCACUAGCGGCAACAGCAGCAGUUCCACCAAUGGAAGCUGCAACAAAGAUAGCAACAACUCUAACGGUGGCAGCAGUAGCAAUAUAAUCGCCGCUAACAGUUUGCCAACAAACGCCAGCAUCCCGGUCGGAAAAACUCCCACUGAACAGCAGCAAUCACCUCUAUCUCCAUCACCAUCGAUGCCUGCCCCUGCUGCACCGGUAAGCGGAAGUUCUGGCCCACCUGCGUUCGUUCCACCUCCAGCAUCCAUGGCAGGAGGAGCAACACCUGCCCCUGCUGCUAUUGCUGCCCCUGUCAACUCGACGGAACCAGCGCCAACAACGGAAUCAACGACAACAACGACGGCAACGGCAGUUCCGGCUACCCAACAACAGCAACAACAACCGAUCACAGCUUCCUCGUAGUGGAAGAAAUCGAUGAUGCUGAAGCACAUCCAACUCUAGAAAAGAAGAGAACCGGAGACCCGGAGUACCGUCGUGCGUGUGCCCGUGAUUAAUUGUAUGAAAGAGACAGAAAGAGAGAGCAUCUUUAAAAUAUUUAUAUAGUUAUACAUACUAGACAAUUACACGAGAGAAAAACUAUAACAAACAAACAAAAAUUGACCCAUAGUAGGACACCGCGUAAGGAGUAAAACCAAGAAGUAAAGGGAAGUUAAUAUAUUAUCUGUGUAUAGUAAGCUGUAAGUAAUUCCCGUUAGUAUUGGCAAAGCGCGGCACAAUAGAAUGUGCAGGAUCAAUAUGUAUGCUUAUUGGGGAUGACUUCUACUAAGUACAUGUGUAUUGAGAGGUUUUGACGACGACAAUUUUUUUAGAAAGUGUACGCGCAAAGCUGGUGUAAUAUAACUACAAAGAGCAGAAAAGAAGAAAGAAAAAAACUAUGCUAAUGUUAGAAUGAUUUAAUGUGUAGCCAUUAUUAAUAGACGUCAAGUAAAAUUACUUAACUAGAGCAACCCGUUUAACUUUGCGAGAGAUGGAGUAUGAAAGUGAAAAAUGAAGAAGGGAGAAUAUAAGUACAUCAAAACUUCAGACAUUCACGAAUGGUGUCUGAACCGAAGUUGAACUGCAAUUAUUGACAUUAUUCUGAAAGCGCAAACUAACUUGCGAUGGAUUUGGUCCUAUUAAUCAAACUUGACUUGAGCAAAUGUUUCAACAGUUAAGUAACAAUUUGAGACAUUUGCUGUUUUCCUUUUUUUUAUUUAGGAUUGAGAGAAUUUCAACUGAUUGCACAAAUGAGUAAUUUUAACAGUUCUUACGUUUUUGAACUUUAGAACCUAAACUGGUUGAGAUAAAUAUUUUUCUUAUUAAUAAAACUAUUUUUUAUUGAAUAGUUUUGAAGCGAAAUAGAAUUGAUGAAAAAUUAGAAAUAUUCUAUCAAAAAUAACAAAUUUUUAGAAUAAUGAUGAAAAGUUGUAAACUCAGUUGAAAUGUCUCUCAAAAAAUGCACGCAAAACUUAUGCAGGGAUUUGUUUUAAAGUUGUUUUUGUUUGAUAGUUAUUAACCGAGUCAUUUCAAUUAUCGAAAUAGUUGGUCUGAACUUAAUUCAUUUAUGCAGACUAACAUCCCCAAUUAAUUGUGUUGAUCGAAAAAAAUAUUAUGUUCCCAUUCAUUGGAGCUUCUUGCAUCAAAUGACUUUUUCUUCUUUUUUGAUUAAAGAUACGAUUGACGUGCAAAUGUGCGCACGCGUCGAAAUUUAAUUGGAGAAACAAUACGGAAAUGCAAAAGUGUAUACUCAUAGCGUUAAUUGAUGGAAGCAUGAUUUUAAUAACAGAAAACACAACAAAAAGAAAAAACAAAAACAAGUAAAAACAGUGAUUGUACUAGUAGAUGCUGCCUUUGGAGCAGAACAUUUUAUGUGGUAUGAAACUUGUAAAUUUAAUAUAGUAGAAAUAUGUAAAUUCAACAAAACAAACUACUUAAAAUUACGCACUGAUGUGUGUACGUUUGUGUGUGUGUUUAAAUAUGGAAUCACACCGAUAAUUGAGGGACUAUUUGAGCGUUUUGUCGGUGAAUUAAAAUGAUUUUAGUCAUUGCGCUUUUUAAGCUUAUCAUCUGAUAAAAAUAGAAGAGAUUCCAAAACAAAUAUUUUUUCUGGAAUGUUUGUUUGUUUCACUCGUUUUCAAUCUAUCGAAAGUUCUUAAAGCGCAGUGGAUUAAAUUUUUAAGAUUCAGAAACAGAACAAGAGAACUCUGUAAUUAUUAAUUUAUUAACGAAUGUUUCUCCUAGAAAGACGAUGUAAUCAUAAACGUGUUGCUAGAAGCAAAUCACACACGCGGUCAUUGAAGGGGCAGAUAUGGAUCUAUUAAACUGAUUUAUAGUGGAAGUAAAUUAAUGUGUUAAAGUGUAGCUAAAACAAAAGGUAUAAAUAUAACAAACAUACAACAAAAAAGGAAUGAAAUAGGAUACACGAUUAAGGAACAAACUAGAAUAUUGAUGCUGUAUUUCAUACGAUUGAAUGCGAAAACAACAAACACAAGCCAACUUCAAGUACUAGGGUGUAUGGAUUUGUCAAGAAUAAGUGGCUCUCCUAUUGGCGGACACAGUUUGUGGUGGACUGUCUCCUACCAAUUACGGGGUCUGGACUCCAUCGCCCUCAGGCAGCACACAAUCGUAGCUGUUGCAGAAAACUGAAAAACAUCUAUUAGACACGAUUAGAAUCUCUGUUAGAAACCAGCCCUCGUGGGGGUUGUAGAUCGAUAAGCUAACUAUUGUCUGGUCCCACAGCUUCGGCUGGUAAAUACCCAAAACUUGUAACCUAAUCGAAGGAAAAUCGAAAACAAAAAACAUAAACUUUGAACAAGAAGAUGAAAAACAAUUGCUGCUGACAACUAGUGAGAUAGUGAGGAACUGCCUCUCCGGCUGUGGUGGACGGAGGGGCGGAACCGGUAGAAUUAUUUAAGCUUCGGGACAUUGUAGCUGUGGUAAUUGACAAAAGAAAACGUAAAAAAGAGAUAAUUUGAAAAUCCCUUUUUGCUUCUGAACGAGUAAUAUUCGAAACAUGAAUUUUCUUCCCGGAAAACGUUUCGUUUGUUGUUUACUGAAUGUGCGUGUGUGCAAAUCGAUGCAUGGUAGUGACCCAUGCGAAAGAAAAUAUAAUUUUCGCAUAUAUUUAAGCGAUUUUUAAAUAAUAUACUAGACCCCUAUCAACUAUAACCAUGUACAUUCAAAAGAAUCACCCAGAAGUUAAGCAUAACGAAGAAGACAAAAACAAACAAAAUUGCGCGCCGUGUGCGAGGAAAAUAUUUUUGAUUUUCUUCCAGUUACUAUUUUGUACAAGAAACUACCAUCCAACCUAUAGCGCUAUUUAUUUUGGCUGCCUAAAUGUUUAGUUUGUUUGUUUUAUUACCAUCGGAACAUUUUUUCUUGUAUUGUUUCGUGUUUUUCUAACACACAAUACUGAGGUAAAGGCAGCAGCAAUUUACGAAAGUACUGGUACCGUUAGUUUCCUUUAUUUAUUAUAAUUAUGAAGGAUUAUGAUUCAACGAUUUUUGCGCAGCCCACAUGAGCGUAUCCGACAAAGCAAACCUAUUGAAACAAGUAUAAACAGACAAAAUAUAAAAGAGGACAUGCACUUCUGGAACCUAGAUAAAGCGUGCGCGAAUGAAUGAGAGACCGAUUGAAAAAAAUGUACGAACUAGAGCCAACGUUAGUCUGUAGGAAAAACGGGAACUCUACAAGUAACCUAUUAUUUAAAGUAAAACGGCAAAAACCUUGAAUGAUGUAAAAAAAGGGAAAAAAACCCUAAAUCCCCCUACUAAAGUAUAUGAAUGUCAAAUAAAUUCAAUUAAGAAUAAUUUACCAUCGAGCAGAAAAAAAAAACCCGAGUGCAAA